AUGGCAACUAAGCGAGCUCUCGAUGACGAGGACGAUGCCGAACACCAACCCCCUCCACCAUUGAUGAAACGCGCAAGGCGCGACCAACCCUCCUCCAAGCAGCGCCAUCACCAGAAUGCCCACAUGGACCCCACAUGGGGGCAAAAGUUCUUCUUCGCACAUGAUCUCUCCUCCAGCGUGCCGCAGGAUGAUGAGCUCGAGUUUGAGGACGACGCCGAUGCUAUGGCGUAUUUGCGCUCCGUCAGGCAACAAGCAGGUAGUAUCCCCCACCUCCUCGUCGCUCCCAAGAUCGGCCCCCAGCUGCCCCCUUCUUAUCAGCGCGCCUUGGCCCACGACGAGGACGGCAAUGAAGAGGGAGAGAUCGACGAAUCCGCAGACCGCGCCGUCUAUGGCAAUGGCGUAGGCGACUUUCGCGGCUACUACCAAGACGGUGCAUACACCGCCGCGCCCUCCGGGCCCGAGGAAUACCUCUCUGAAGGUGAAUACGCCUCGGAUGAAGAAGGAAGAGAAGAACAAGACGCGUCCGCGGCCGCGGCAGAAGCCUACUUCUCCUCCAUCCGCUCGCGAUUCCUCUCCCUACGCUCCCACCUCCAAACCUCCCCACCAAAACACAUCGUCGCCGCCUUACCAGAAUCCCACUCCCCUUACGUCCCCCCAUUCGGUCCCCGCAGCUCAACCUUCGCGCAAUGGAACAAGCGUAUCCGGAACACCGACCCCCUACCCGCCCAGGUCGCCUCCAUGGACAAGGACGCCGUCAUCCGCGUUCUCCGCGUCGUCAUGGGCGGACGAUUCCUCCGUGUGGGGAGGGAGGUAUCGGAGCGUACGAGCAGGUGGUUGUGGGCUCUGUUGGCGAGGCUGCCGCAUGUCGGCGAGUUGUCGCAUACGGAGGUGGCGUGGGUGCGAGAUCUGGGCCGGAGAGCCGUGCUCUUGGGGAGGAGCAUCGCUGAGAUGGCGGCGCUGAGGGAGGAGUUGGCGGGGGGAGGGGGGGAUUUGGGGUUGAAUGAUGCCGUGGAUGAGAGUGAGGAGGACGAAGAUGUUGUGCAGGAGUUUGAGGGGGAGGAUAAUUACAGCGAAGACGAGAGUAAGACGGAAGGGACAGAGGCGCCUGUGAAGGAAACUCCGAGUGGGGCGGCGGCAGAACCAAGUGAGAUGGCGUCUCCAGAAAGUGAGCCGAAACUGGCGACGGAGAAAGCAGGAGCAGAAGAGGAGAAAGAAGCAGAGAAAGAAGAGGGAGAGGCAGACGAGCAAGAGGAAGGCGAAGCAUCAGAAGGCGAUGAUGACGACGCCCCCAUGGACCUAGACGACUCUGGUGCCGAGGAAGACGACCUCGAAGCCGCCAAGAGUAGACUCCUCGCUCGGCUUGACCGCUCCGGUGGUGACUCGGAACCCGGCUCACCCAAUACACCCGACGAGGAGGAUGGUGAACAUGUCCAAGAAGACAGCGACGAAGCCCUAAGGGCGAGGAUGAACAUGCGCGCUACCAUCAACAUGAUCCUGACCGUCGCCGGUGAGUUCUACGGCCAGCGCGAUCUCCUUGAGUUUAGGGAUCCGUUUGCAGGCAUGUAG